CAUGGCGGACGAAUCCGAACGAUUCGUCUGUCAGUGUUUUUUCACCCAUAAUAUUUUUCUGAAGGACUAUGAAGCUCAUGUUAUCUACAAAAGUAAAUUACAAUUAGAGAACGAGUUUCGGAAGGUGCUUUAUCACAGAGGCUGUAAAACAGAUGAACAGUGGUUAGCAGUGCUCGAGCAAGUAGAAGAUGAAAUAAAAAGAAGGAAAAAGCUAGGUAGAGAUUCACAAAGGAGAAAAAAGAUGAUCUCAUCUGAUUAUAAACCAUUGCAUCCUGAUGUGUACAUUUUACAAGUAAGGGUUUUACUAAAUGAGCUUGGUUUUGACGAGAAGCUUCUCUCACCCCUGAGAACAAAUUACUUGAUGCCAAUCACAAGAUUGUUGUAUCCUGAAUGUGGGGGCAACACCUUAGAUUCACACAAGGCAUUCACGGUACAUUACAAGAUGGAAGAGGAUCUUGAUCUCAGUUAUCACUAUGACAAUGCAGAGGUCACUUUAAAUGUAUCACUUGGUAAGGAGUUUAUUGGAGGAGAGUUGUUUUUUGGUGAUAUGAGACAGGUCCCCCUGAAAGAUACACAAUGUACUCAGUGUGAGCACGUGACAAGUUACGGGCUUCUUCACAGAGGUCAACAUAUGCAUGGAGCUUUGCCCAUCCAAUCAGGAGAAAGAAUCAACUUGAUUAUUUGGAUGCGGAGUUCUGUAGUGCGUGAUAAAUUGUGUCCGAUGUGUGACAUGGAGCCAAGACUAGUGCCAUGUUCUGGCGAGGGGGAUGGAUUCACCACCAGAAACUCUGUGCCAGUCUGUUCAGCUCUUUAAGCAAGGACCUAAAGGCUAUAGAGAAAGCAAGAAGGGACCCAGGGAACUUAAAAAGAAAAAACUUGGGGACUGCACCAUAUCAAAAUAUACGACCUGCUUUGUGAUCGUCCAGAUGCCUGUAGUCCUGAAAAGGACUUUUGCUGGUGACAGUACCUUCGAUUUAGCGUGACCUUAAGUCAUCUUAAGAGCCGACUGAUUUACUUUUUAUGUAUAAUAGAAGUCAGGCUUCAGCCGCUUUGUUCUUAUUUUAUGUUUCUUUUCGUCAUGCGACAGAGCGAAAAGCGAGCAAGAAUACGGUAAGCGAGCGCGAGGGCGACUGAGAAGCAGGUGGAAAAUUUCUUUCCUCGUCCCAGCCCCCUGCAAUUGUGUUCCUUAGAUUAGCUGGCGCUCUGGGAGAUGGGCAGAUGGAGAGUUUGUACAAAGAGAAAAGAAAAGUGACAAUCGUUGAAUGGCGAAAGGGGGUAGGUUUCAAAGGAAACUAUGGUGCUGUGUCGGUGGGAGAAACAAAGUAAUUUCGGUUUCAUCAACUGUUGAAUAGCGGCAUGGCAACUCAUAAGCCUUCGUUGUCCAGCUUUUGAAUGAAAAUUCAAAGAACUCUUUCACACGAUUCCAUAACUAUAGAAAGUUUCUUUGAAAUGGGCCACUCAUAUCGUUGAGCUUCGCUACCUUCAAGUAUAUCGUGUGGUGUUUGGUCAGGCUGAAAUUUAGGCGUAGACAAAUAAUUCUAUCAUCCUCUUAAAGGUGCUGUCUGAGAAGGUCUUCAGUU